AUGGCGGGACCCCAAGAGUUUCUGAGUGGGAAGCUCCGGCUCUGCUUCACCCCAGCUGCCCGGACCAGCCUCCUGCUGCUCAGGCUCAACGACGCGGCGCUGCGGGCGCUGCAAGAGUGUCAGCGUCAACAGGUUCGGCCAGUGAUCGCUUUCCAAGGCAACCGAGGGUAUCUGAGGCUCCCAGGCCCUGGCUGCUCCUGCCUCUUCUCCUUCAUAGUGUCCCAGUGUGGCCAGGAGGGCCCUCGUGGUGGCUUGGAUCUUGUGUGCCAACACUUAGGCAGAUCCAGGCCUAACCGCCUCCACUGCCUGGGCCCACUCAGGGAGCGCCUCACUAUUUGGGCAGCCAUGGAUUCUAUCCCAGCCCCAUCUUCAGUUCAGAGAUACAGCCUGACUGAAGAUGCCAGAGAUCCUCAGAAUUGGCAGAACAUAGGAGACUAUUCUGGAAAUGCAGCUUCACAGCCACUGAUGGUACUAGAAGAGGUGCCAGAUCCACGGGCAAGUAGCCAAGAACAGUCACUCCCAGGAUCCUCAAGGGAACACAUGGCACAGUGGGAAGUGAGGAGCCAGACCCAUCGUCCAAACAGAGUGCUUGAUCAGGCACUGCCUUCCUCUGCUAGCCAGAAACAUCUGGACAAGAAGCGUCCAGCGCCUGCAGCUACUAUAGAACUAAAAGAAAAGAGGCUCAGAACUCUGCGUUCAGCUCCAAGUCCUCUACAAGAGCUGCCCAGUCAGGACCUACAAGACAGAGACUGGGAGCAAGAAGAUAAACAUGAAGACAUGAGCCUCAGGCUUGAGCACAGCCCCUCAGCUCAAGCAGACUUGGAAUCCCGAAGCCCUGAAGAGGUACCCGAUUACCUCCUGCAAUAUGGGGCCAUCCACAGUGCAGAGCAGCAACAUGCUUAUGAGAAGGAUUUUGAGACAGAUUAUGUUGAAUACCGCAUUCUGCAUGCUCGAGUUGGGGCUGCAAGCCAAAGGUUCAUAGAGCUGGGAGCAGAAAUCAAGAGAGUUCAGCGAGGAACUCCAGAACACAAGGUGCUGGAAGAAAAGAUAGUCCAGGAAUAUAAAAAGUUCAGGAAGCGGUACCCAGGUUACAGGGAAGAAAAGCGUCGCUGUGAGUACCUGCAUCAGAAACUGUCCCACAUUAAAGGUCUCAUCCUGGAGUUUGAGGAAAAGAACAGGGGCAGCUGAAGCAGUCAGAGGGCUUUUGACCUUCUGCCCGGUGAUAUGAAGGAACAAAGCAGCUAUAAACAUAUAUAAGAUUGCAACUGCUUUUGGUUAUUGCUGAGUCCAUGGUGCAGUAGGAGAGCUGCUUUAGGUUAAGGCUUUAUUGUCAUUGUUGCCAUA